AAAUGCAGUUGUGAUCGAAUUCUGGAUGCCCUCAUAAUCUCAUUUUGCAUUCUUAGAAAGAAGAAAAUCAUUGCUUUUGCUAGGACUGUCUGGCCUGAUGAUCAACCCACCACUUGGUUUUGAAACAGUGCAGAAAAUUCAAAGAAGCUCCAAGAGAUAACGAAGCAGUUGGCUGAAGAUGAAUUCCACAUUCCCCAGAGCAGGCUUAGGAAUAAAAGCCAUUGAUGAAAUUAUUAGAAAGUACAUGCAAGAGAGAAGGCAGAAAGAAAAUGACCCAUUAAGUUCACAGAGAGAUCAGGACUCAAGCGAAAGUAGCAGUAAAGGUAGCCCUUCCAUACUAUCAGCACGGCAAGAUAAAGUACAAAGCUAUGAAGCCUAUUUUAUUGAUGGUCUGAGCUUGAUGUCAGCAACUGCCAUUCUUCUUGUCUGGUUUGGGAAAACAGCCGGCAAUGAGAUCCGACUUGAUGAUUUGAAAAAGGAAGCCAAGAACAUGGGCAUGACUUUGUUACGAAACAAAGACAAAAACACUUACCUACAAGCAGUGGCCUCAUUUCUUGUGCAAAACAAAAAGGUUUCAAUUGUUGCUGGCAUAGCAUUUGAUAAGGUUUCUCAAGAUGAUGUCUCCAUCAGUCAGGAUGUCUCAUGAUCAGUUACUCAAAAACCUCACUUAUGACCAGUUCUUAGCUGCUCUGUGUUUUUUUUGCAAGCUGUUGUGUUGUGAAUGAAAGCUUCUCGAAUAAGUUUUUUUCCAGUUUAAAGAUGGACGUUUAAUUUAAAGGAAUGCUGCACGGCAGUGUGAUAGGCGUGCAUAGGUA